UGCUGACUGGCGGACGGGAUGCCUCUUGGAUAGACAGUUCUCACAGGUCCUCCCGGAGGCUGCAGUGGCGCCCCUUAGCCUGUAGGCUCCGACCUCCAGGCAGGAAGCAGCAGGAAAUGCUUCCACCCCACCCACUGUCCCCCUGCCAGGUGGGUCUGAGAGGCCAGACCUGGAGCUGCGGUGUGAUAAGCGAGCGCGCGGAGAGCGGCGGCUGGGGAGUGCGCGGCUACUGACUGUGGCCAUGAGCCCUGAGUAGAGGGGCAGCACCUGCUGUCCUGCGGAGAAGGAUGCUACACGGGGCUCCGCUCCGGCUCGCCAUGAGGGCCGCCCUGGUCCUGAGCUUCUUCCUGGCGGCAACCUGGAGUCAAAAGAUGUUCAAUGGGGACCAGGUUCUUCGGGUCAAGGCCAAGGACGAGAAGGAGCUUCAGUUACUGAGGAAACUGAAGGACUCAGAUUCCCUGAAGAUUGAUUUCUGGCAUUCCCCAGCGAGACCCAGCCUCCCUGUGGAUAUGAGGGUGCCUUUCGCGAACCUGAAAAUUGUCAAAAACUACCUGAAUUCCACCGGCAUGUCUUAUACCAUCAUGAUAGAGGACGUCCAGGUGCUCUUAGAUGAGGAGCGGAAAGGCAUGUCGGCGUCCCAGAGAACGGAGAGGAGCACGAGCGGCUUCAGGUACAACUCUUACCACACGCUCCAGGAGAUCUACACCUGGAUGGACAACUUUGUGGCCGAGCACGCAGACCUGGUCUCGAAAAUUGUGAUUGGUCAAACCUUUGAGAAACGGUCCAUUUUCGUGCUGAAGUUCAGCACCGGCAAUAAGACCCGGCCCGCCGUCUGGAUUGACACCGGCAUUCACGCCCGGGAGUGGAUCACCCAGGCCACUGGAGUGUGGACGGCCAUGAAGAUCGCCUUGGAUUAUGGGGAGGAGCCGGUGCUGACCGAAGUCUUGAACCACAUGGACAUCUUCCUGGAAGUCAUCACCAACCCUGAUGGGUUUGCCUAUACCCAAAGCAUGAACCGUCUGUGGCGCAAGAACAGAGCUUCCAAUUUCAAUUCCACUUGCAAGGGGGUAGAUCCCAACAGGAACUGGGAGACUGGCUUUGGAGGUGUUGGUUCUAGCAAGAACCCUUGCUCAGAGACCUACCAUGGACCUUUCCCUCACUCUGAGCCAGAAGUGGCCUCUGUUGCCAACUUCAUCCAGAAGCACAAGCAUUUCAAGGCCCUGAUCUCCAUCCACAGCUAUUCCCAGAUGCUCCUGUAUCCCUAUGGCUAUAGGAAGGAGCCUACUCAUGAUAAUGAAGAACUGCAUGCUCUGGCCCAGGAGGCCGUGGAAGCCCUCUCCCAGGUGCACGGAACCCAGUACGUCUUUGGGAGAACCAUCAACACCAUCUAUGUGGCCAAUGGGAUCACCAUUGAUUGGGCCUAUGAACACAACAUCAAGUAUUCCUUUUCCUUCGAGCUGCGGGACACCGGCGUCUACGGUUUUUUGCUGCCCGCCAGUCAGAUCAUCCCCACGGCUGAAGAGACAUGGCCGGCUCUGCUGACCAUCAUGAAGCACGCCCUUGACCACCCCUACUAGCCACUCUGAAAAGUGGCUCCUUCCUCCCCCAGACCCAGAGCGGUUCCUUUCCUGUGCCUCCGCUUCCAGCCAGCCUUCCCCCCCGCCCCCCCAGUUCUGUCCUCCGAGCAAUAAAAACACGUUUUAGCCCCGUU